UGUGUGUGUGUGUGUGUGUGUAGAGUAGAGCUGCUUCACCCACACUUUCCUCAGUAAGAGAACACACUCAGAGAGGAACAAUGUCGGAGCUGCUGAGAAUACUGCUCCUCUUACUGCCUGCCAUCCUGCACACAGCAAAUGGAAAUUCACUGGCAACGGAAUAUUGGUGCGUCUGGAGGUCUGAUGAUCUCAGUGACAUGGAGUACAUAGAGUUUGACAUCUUCAAUAAGAUCAAAUAUGCAGAGUAUAACAGCACUCUGGGGAAGUAUGUGGGAUACACUGAAAUAGGCAUCAAAAACGCAGAGAUUUGGAACAAUAACACUGCAUUCCUGCAAACACGGAAAGCCGAAGUGGAAAGUUUCUGUAAGAACAAUGCUCAGCUUUUCUACAGCAUCAUCCUCAGUAAAACAGAAAAGCCCCAGGUUGAGGUCACUUUGGUAAAGAAGUCAGAUGGCACUCACCCAGCCAGGCUGAUGUGCAGCGCUUACAGCUUUUACCCACCAAAGAUUGAGGUGACCUGGCUGAGAAACGGGAAAGAGAUUGAGGGUGAUGUGACGUACACUGAGGAGAUGGCUGAUGGAGACUGGUACUAUCAGAUCCACUCAAAUCUGGAUUACAUGCCAAAAUCUGGAGAGGAGAUCUCCUGUGUGGUGCAACACGCCAGCUUCCAAAAGCCCAUGGUCUAUAAGUGGGAUCCCUCGAUGUCUGAACCUGAUAAGAGUAAGAUUGCUAUCGGGGCUUCAGGGCUGGUGUUGGGGAUCGUGCUUUCAGCUGCUGGAUUCAUCUACUACAGGAAGAAAUGCUCAGGACGGAUCCUGGUGCCGACAUAAACACAGGCAUCAUUUGAAGUUGACAUGUUGGUUUCAGCUUCAUUCCCCAUAUUGGAUGGAGUUAAUUUACCCAUAAUGCUCACUGUUUAGCUACAGUUAAGCUGAAAUGUGAUGAUUUUUAAGCUCACACAUGUGAUGUUAAUUAUUACAAGUCUGUGAGCAGAGAAACACUGGAGUGUUUGCUGAAAUCGCUUUAUCUGUUAAACAUCUGCUAUAUUCCGAACAAUUAGUACCUGCUGAGAAAUGAGCAUUUCAUAAUAUGUGCAUCUGCAUCUGUAUUAUCACUUUCCUUAAUGUAAGACCAGCUUUCUGUCAGAUUUUGCUGAAACUGAUGAUAAAUAUCUUGAUUAUAGGCUUUAUAAGAGUUCUUGAGUAGAAAUUUGGCAAACUGAGCUUAGAUACUACAUUCAGCUUAAAAAUGUAUAAAUUAAUUCCUUAUAAUGCAUCUGAAAGUUAUGAAAUAAUUAAUUACUAUUACAGAAGUAAAUGUAGCCUUGUAAAAUUUUCAUUAUUAAAUCAUUAGCGCCCCCUACAGUCUAUUUUAACCUGGAUCACUUCCUCAGUUUUAGUGAUGCUAUUUAUUACGAUUCAAUACUAACAGUUAUCUGUAAAUUUCUGGUUUUGUAUCAUCAGUCACUUAAAUUUCAUUUUAAUGGGAAGAACUGGAUUGAUUUUUGAUUCUGUAUGGAUGCUGACUCUUAAUAAACUUUUGGUUGUAAAAGAAAUUGAUGUAAAAUUUUCUUUAA